AUGAGCUCCGCAUUUGCUAACCGGAGGAAGCCCCGCAAAAUCGGUGGCGACGAUGAAGAAAAUCACGAAAAUGACGAGCAAGACACAGGUCCAGUUGUCAAGCGACCUGUAAUGUCCAAGGCCAAACAAAAAUCCAAAUCGCGCAUAUCUUUCGCUCCAAAUGGGACAUCAAUGGCUGAGGAUGACGAGCAGGAAAGCGAGGUCAUCAUGCCCAAACGACGUGGUCUAGGGAGGCAGGCAUUGGAAAAAAGCGCACUUCACAGACCCGGGGCACCUUCACUGGCAUCCGAACGACUCGCUUUUAGGGCGGGGCAGGAAGAUAGACCAAGUUACAGCGCAGAUUCUUUGAAAGAACUUCGGGAUUCGACACCCUCGACCCCUAAAACAACGGAUGAAGAGAGAGAGAAAUCUUUGGAUAUUGCUGCCAAGUUUGGAGAAAUUGCGAAAGUGGCAGACCCGUCAGUUAUUCCAAGUGAAUCAGAAAUCAGAGAAAAGAAAGCCAGAAGAGCGCGCUUGGCGAAGGAGCAGGACUAUGGCGUGACAAAGGCGGAGGACUACAUAUCCCUCGAAGACAAUGUGGACGAUGGCGACUGGGACCCUAAUCACCGGGAAGAGGAACCGAAGGAUACACGACUUAUCCGGGAUGAUGAAGAUUUCGCUGAAGGCUUUGACGAAUUCGUGGAGGACGGCCGAAUAUCUCUCGGAAAGAAAGCAGAACGCGAACACAAACGGAAACAACGUGAAGAGAUGCGGGAACUCAUCGACGAUGCUGAGGUCGAUUCAGAUGAGGACGACUCUGAUCUGGAAGAAAAGGCCGCUUACGAAGCCACUCAAACAAGAGCUGCGAUGGGUCAUGGCGGAGCUGAUCGCAUCGAUCGACCCAAAACUCCACCCAAAAUGAUUUCACUUCCUCGUCUCUCUAAUAAUCUCGACCGCCUGAGAACCAACCUAAUUGUCAUGGAGAAAUCGAAGAUACAGAUGAUCAGCCGGAUGGAAGAGCUGAGAAAAGAGAAGGCUGACAUUGCUGUACGGGAAGUGGAAAUUCAAGCUUUGAUCAAGGAAGCUGGGGAUAACUACGAGAGGCUCAGGUUAGAAGCUGGGGUUACACCGGGCUCUGAGGGAGAGCCCUCAAGAGGCGACAUGCAAAAUUCACGGGGAUUAGAGAGCUUCGCACCUCCAAGCCAGCACGAGGGCCUAACUUGGAUCGAAUCUCCGGUUGAUGAGAAAGAUGGCGACCCUCCUCAUCUUUACUGUCAUGCGGACGCGACUCCAAUUGAGCUAUUUUUCGAUCUCUUCUUUGUCGCAGACCUUUCUACGUUUACUGCUACACAUGAGAUAAAUAAUGUAGAAGCUUUGUGGGCGUAUGUCGGGUUUCUCGGGGUAAUUUGGUUCACCUGGCUUCAAGUCACUUUAUUCGACAUUCGUUUUGCCCGAGAUUCGGUAUUCGAAAGAAUUUGCAAGGCCCUACAGCUUGGUGUCAUGGUCGGUAUUGCGUCUGCAGGAACACGGUUCACAACACGGGUUCGCGAUGAGAACAUCUGGGCAUUCAAGUCACUCAGCCUUCUACUCGGCGGCAGUCGGUUUCUACUGGCUGUACAGUACGCUGUUACUGUGUUAUUUUUGCAUAAGAAGAUGAGGCCGAGUAUCAAAGGGGUGUGUGGCAUAGCUGCCACCUUUCUUGUCUCGAGUCUUGUCUAUAUCGGGAUUUCCUUUGCCUUCCAAGAACAAAAUAUACUCCGCUCCCACUUAUGGGCCGUUUGGUUUGUACUAUUUGGCGUCGAGAUGUGGACGGUUAUGGGUGUGUCUUACUUUACUCCCGACAUCGGAUUCCAAAACACCCACCUCAAUGUGCGAAUGGGCCUUCUUACGCUGAUCAUUAUCGGGGAGGGCGUCAUAUCAGUCACGAGGAUUGUCAACAAGACAGUACGGCCGGGAGGCUGGACAAAAUGGUCGUUUGUUCACAUUCUAGGUGUUACGACUAAUGUGUAUCUUCUCUGGCAAGCCUACUAUGAUCUUUCUCCAAGGAGGGCAUUUGGGAGGCUCUCACAACAAGUAUGGGCCCAGCUUCAUUUCCCAUUCCACGUGGUUCUUAUUCUCCUUCUUGAAGGGUCCCAAAUCCUUGCGCUGGCCUUGGACAUAACAUUAAAACUUACCUACCUUCGGGAAACGUUCCAGUACGCGUGCGAAGAGCCACGGCCAACUGUGGAGAAAGCUAUCAAACUACUCAGGACUACGAUUUCCAAUAUGGAAAUCAAUUACAACCUGGGUGCAGUAAGAGAACAGGCUGCAAUUCUCGACAUUCUUGGUGAUUUGCCGAACAAGCCAUUAUGUCCCGGAAAUGGGAUUGACCAUUCUCUUACCGACGAGACAAUUAACGAUCUCGUGGGAAACGUAACAGCAGCUCUCUUCUCCAGUAUGGGAAUUACUCCGUCGGAGAAAUUGGAUAUAAUCCAGAUGACAAGUGAUCAGUUGCUAGCAAUGUACAUGGAUCUUUUGGGGUUUGUCUACGUUUACUUCUUCGUUGCUGCAACGCUGGCCAUGGCAUUAUUUGCUGCUUUUGUGCCACUAGCACGCCGUCAUAACCGCAAGCUAUAUACCUACAUCGGCCUAGGAGCCCGCAUCGUUCUUGUAAUACUCAUGUCUGGUCUUAUCUUAUUUUCUGCCCAUUUGCCCCUUGAGCAUUCGUUCAUGAAGUCUCCGACUAUACUGUACGCAGUCACCUUUACAUUGCUGUCAGCUCUCCUGGUUGACCGACUUUUGGAUCAUCUUGGACAGCGGCGAGAGGCAAGAGUCCGACAGACGCAGGGAAGCGACAACCGGGUUCAAGCGAUGACCGCGGAGUCACCCAUUCCUACUAACGAUACUUUGCAUUAUCAGUCGUCUAUUACUUCGGGGUAUGAUAGAACUACAUGGGGAUGA